GCUCCUCAGAGCUCAAAACUUGCUUUUAGUUUGUUUUUGUUUUUUUUGUUAUUUUCUGUGGCUGGGUAUAAUUCAAAGUGUUUACAUGGUAGAUACUCUUUAGAAAUUAAAGUCUUCCUAUUUUUUGUCCUAAAGAAGCAUCAUAUUGAAAUGAUCUUCACAUGCACACCAGCAUCAGUCACCGUUACUACUGCAGUGCACGGACGCUCAGAUUUGCGUAGGUGGCAGAAGGUGGGUCCAAAUCCCUUGUGGGGCGCAGGACUGAUUAAUGAUUAAAGGAGAUUAGAAGGAGGGUCAGGACUUGGCUACUGUUCUCACUCUGAUGCUGCUGUGGCUGCCUUAGUACCAGCGCCUCUAUGACCACUCUGCUCCCCUUAGAACCAAAUUACUAAAGGUCUUUUGGGGAAAAAAUCAGAAAAACAUUAAAUAUGUUGCAUGCCAAAGCUGAGUGCAUCCACAAUGCAGCGCCCACAAGAUAUCAAUCAUGUCGACCAGACUAAGCUGCUUAUGAAAAGAUCUUCAGAGAAAUGUACAACCAAACCCCUUCCUCUUGAUCCCAGGUACAGCAUGGAGGACAACCUGCUCCAUUCCCCUUCUUUAUUCGUCUCCAACCUUUAAUCCCACCCUGGAUUUAAAGGAAUGACUGGAGAAGUGACAGACAAUGGCAGUCUUAAAAGUUAAGUUCACAAAGACCAAGAGGGACAAACUGGCUCAGGUCUUGUGGAUCCUUAACUGGAUCUCGGUGGUUACAGGGGCCGUCCUGUUCAUCUUGGGACUCUUCCUUAAAGUGGAGAUCAACAAACGGGUGGAGCUAAUGGCUGAGAGGGACAUUCAGUAUGUUCCCAACAUGCUAAUAGCCGUGGGACUCAUCGCUUGUGCCAUUAAUUUCCUUGGUGGGAAGAUCUGCUACGACUGUGUGGACACAACAAAGUUCCUACGCUGGAAGUUGAUCAUGCUUCCCUACAUAGUGUGCACCUUUUUCUUUACCUUUUGCGUGCUGGUGGGCGCUCUGAUGUGUUACAGCAUGCGUGGUGAACUGGAGGAGUCUCUGACUUUGGGGCUGACACAGGCAAUGAGGUUUUAUAAGGACACAGACAUACCAGGACGGUGCUUCCUAAAACGCACUGUGGACCUGCUGCAGAUACAGUUUCAGUGCUGCGGAAACAGCGGCUACAAAGACUGGUUUCAGAUCCAGUGGAUAAGCAACCGCUACCUGGACAUGUCCCAACAGCAAGUGGUUGAUCGAUUAAGGAGUAAUGUUGAAGGGAAGUACCUGAUGGAUGGAGUUCCCUUCAGCUGCUGCAACAUCAACUCUCCGCGGCCAUGCAUCCAGCAGCAGGUCACCAACAACUCUGCUCACUUCCACUAUGAGCACCAGACGGAGGAAUUGAACCUCUGGAUGAAAGGCUGUCGCCAGGCACUGUUGGAGUAUUACACCAACAUCAUGCAGUCCAUUGGCCUUACAGUCCUCAUCACCUGGCUGUUUGAGCUCUCAGUGCUGACAGGGGUUCGAUACCUUCAGACCUCUCUGGAAAACGUGCUGAGACAGGGAGACCCCGACUCUGAAUCCGACGGCUGGCUCCUAGAAAACAGCUUCAUGGAAACUGCUCGCAUCAAUCUGAAUAUUAUUAAGAGCCUUGGCAAGAACAACCACAUCGAUACGGCCAAGAAUGGAGAUCCCAACAUUGACAUCCCAUCCACAUCUAAGGCUCACUAUGGGCCAGACAACGUCCCCCCAAAGACCAUCAAAGAGGCCAGUUAAACUUCCAGAAGAUAAACAAUGGAGUGAACUUUCUUUUCUAGCAGAAUUAAUUAAAUAAGGUUUCAAAAUGUUAAAACAUGAGUCACUGAUCUGUGGAUUACAACUUCAAAGUCUGGGGUUUGUCGUUUGAGACUAACAUGAAGAUGUCAUGCAGGUCCACAUUACUCUGUAUUUUAGCUGCAGGUACCUGAAGGCUAAAUCAACUUUCUGAAUUCUUUUAGUCAUGGGUUUUAAAGGAAAUAAGACAAGAACAAAGUCCAACAACACACAUUCAAACUUGAUUUUUGUAGCACUUAAACAAAACAUAUAGUUGAAUAAAUGUGCUCCAUACAAAUAAUUGGACAGACCCUAAACUGUACCAAAACAUAAUGUUAAAAAUAAUAAAAGAAACAUAAUUAGUGUAUUCUGAGCCGCUACACUGCAAAAGCAUUUCCUGUAAGCAUGUCUGAAAUAGGUCAAACAUUCUACCCCAUUGGCAGAUUUGUAUUGUUGCUG